AAACCCUCUCUUCCUGUCACGUGACAACAGGUAAAAUUUAGAAGGAAAAAAAACCCACAAACGCGAAGGUAAACAAAACGAAAAGGUGAGUUUGAUUUUGUGUGAUUUCUUUGAAGUAAUGCAAAGGAAAGCUGGUCAUUUCAUGGAUAUUAUUUCACAAGAGAAUUUCUGCAAGAAAAAUGGCGGCUCUUGCAACAGCUUGCUCGUUUCCCAUCAAGCCAACUCAACUGCUCUCCUAGCGUCUUUUAGCGGUUCUUGGAAGAUUAGGAAGUGAAGUUGGGCACUUCCGUGUUUGUGAACCCAUUCAAAAUCUAUCAAUGAACUCAAUGCCUUCGGUGAAUUGAGGCUUUUUACAGCACUACGGUAGACUGACCAAAAUCAGCAUUCAUGUUCAGUAUUUGAAAUAAUAUUUGCUCAAACUUUGAACUCUUGUAAACUGAAUCUAUUUUAUUGAGUAAAAAAAUAAAUAUAAAAAGAAUAAAAUAUGCUACACUACAACACUGACAACACAGACAACUGCUACUACUAAGUACUACUUACUUUACUACUGACUACUGAACUGUGUUACAGCAGUAACUUGAGUGACAAUGAAAACCAAUAAAAUAAAAAAAUCUACCUAACCCUUACAACCUAUACUGUAUACUAUAUCUAUGUAUUUAUAAUAGAUAAAGUCUUCAUUCUAGUUUAUUCUUUAAUUCUUACUUUAGACUUUAGUCUUUUUUAGCAUCUACAGUGAGUAUAGUUGUAUAGACCAGUGAUGACAAAGCUUUUACUUGAACCCAAAACUCACUUAUUUAUCACUGCUGUUAAACCUGAAUGUCCUGAGCACUUAAUACUGAGUUUCUAGUUUAGAAAAUAAACAACUCAUAUUUAGGGUAAUGAGGGGAGAGACUGCAAUCAGGUUAUCACAAUAUAAAAUGAGUAAAACAGAGUAGGGUUAAACCUGAAAAAAGAAACGUAACAAAACAACAAACGUGUCGGCAGAAAGCCUUCGUCAGUGAACCAAACAACAGAAAAAACGGUAUAAAAGUAAAAAUAAGAAAUAGCCCUUAGCUUGGAAGUAGUAUCCGUGGGCCGCAAAAGAAAUGGGGCUGAAGGAAAGUGAGUGGGGGAUUAAAUAGGGAAGAGCGAAGGAAAAGAGGAGAAAACAGUCCACUGCGAUAGGUCAGGAUGAGGAGGGGCGGAGCUAGGGUCAAGGGACAUAACAUUCAUCCCAGCUGGCGUCAAACAUUAACUUACAAAUUUUUGUUUUAAAUGAAAUAAAGAUUUCAUCCUUUUAUCUCAUUUGUCACCAAAUACAUGUCACUGUCACCAGCAUUAGCAUUGUGAUAAUCUUGAAUGAGUCAAAUGUCCUUGUCAUGUUCCUCAAAGAGAUUUCUUGCCACUUUAUUGAUGGAAGAAAUACAUUUAAAUAAAUGAUGAUAAUCUUGCUGAUAAAUGGAAGACAAUACAGAAGAAUAAACUUGGUCAAAAAUGUAAUUACUUUGAAGGUAUAUCUUUUUGGAGGCUAGCAGGUAUUUUUGGCAGGGAUGCUAGGGUAGCUAACUCUAUUUUUGAUUAAGAUGCUAAGGUGGGUAACUCUGUUUUUGACCAAGAUGGUAGGGUGGCUAACUCUGUUUCUUCUGACCAUCACAAAGCCUCAGGUAAAAUAGCAUCAAAUUUGUUUCCGAAAUUUUUGUUGACACACUUUCCUCCAGGGAAUGAGAAGUGAUCAAAGUAUUUUCUACUUCCUGUAUCCACCAUAUUUCAAGAAUUAACAAAUUUUCAAAUGUUAAAUACACAAAUUGCUGAAGCUAUUAGGAAAGGUGACUUUUAAAAAAAAAAUCUUCAUCCACAGAGAAGACAGGUUUCCUAAACACCAACAGCCAUGCCUACAGCAACAACUGAGGCACUCAGUGCCAAGGGUGAGAAUUUAGACUAUUAUGUAGAAGUAUUUCAGACCAUUAUCUAGAAAUAUUUCAGACCAUUAUGUAGAAGUAUUUCAGACCAUUAUGUAGAAGUAUUUCAGACCAUUACGUUGAAGUAUUUCAGACUAUUACGAUGAAGUAUUUCAGACCAUUAGGUAUUGUAGGAUCAUAAACUUUGUGAUCUUAUCAUGUAUUUAUUAUAAAGCCAAAUGCAUCUGUAACGUUCGAACCCGGGAAAUUGUUUCUCCACUUAACAUUAUAUUAUAUUUCAGUUUAAUAAAAUAUUACUUGCUUUUUAUGGUUUAGAUUUUAUUUAUAAAAAGAAUGUGUCAGUAUUUGUGUUUUUAAUUAAAAAAUUUUGAUAUAAAAAUGUUUCAAUACCAAAUUUUCUUUCCUUCCUACAUACACUCAAGUAAUUAUAAGUAUGCAUGCAUACAAAAGACUGCCGAAUUUGAAAAAAUUGGGACUAAAUCAUGAAUAGUUUUGCUUUUACAGAAGCGAUGGAGCUUCUGGCAGACCAGCUGGACGAGCUGUACGACAUUGGAGGUCAGCCGUCAGAGAUUGACUUUCUUAAAUUCAUCUUAACUGACGAGGCACUUUUUCAUAUAAUUGAUGUGAGAAAUAAAUCUUCUACAUUAGUCAUUGAGUUCUGAAAAUACAUUGGAAUGAAAGGCUUUUAACAAAGCAAACACAGGGGUGGGUAACCGGGUAUGCAUUUAGUGUUCUGAGGUUUGCUAUAAAAGUUUAAAAAAUCAGUUUCGCUCUCCUUGUCUAGUCCAUCUACUGACUUAUCAUUACUUGACUUGGCAGAAAUGAUAUUAUCAAACUUGACAGUAAUUAUAUUAUCAAAUUGACUGGACAGUAAGUUAUUGACUUAGGAGUAAGUAUAUUACCAAACUUGACUUGGCAGUUUGUAUUUCAAAUGCAAGCUCAUAUUCUGCCUGAUCACUGCACCCAACAAGGGAUGGUCAUUAAGGCUCACAUCUAAAAUACUUAUUGAAUUCAAGAAGGUGUGGGGGGUGGGCAAUUUUUGUCCUCUUAGAUUUUAAACCCCCAUAUUUGAUAAGGCCUGUCUCAGGGGCUUUGGUUUCUAUCCUAUUGUGGCAGAACUGGUUCAAGAUUUAAUUUUUAAGUAAUUUUUAUUAAAUAACAGAUGUAUUGAUCUUAUUCUACAGAACUUAUUUGUUUUAUUUGGGUUUAUUAACAGUGUUUUUAUUAAGUGUUGUUCUAUCUGGAAAGGUUAAAAUAUGUAACAUGAAAUUAUUUUUAAAAUUUAAGAAAAUUAGAUUGCCAUAGUCUUUAAAUUUCCUUUUACAUACCUGUUAUUGCAUUUUUAAAAAAAAAAUUACAGGGGAGCUAAUCAUUAUAGGAGAACUAUCAGUAAAUAGAGUUAUCUAUAUAGGAGAGCUAUCAAUGUAGGAGAUCUAUAGAAUUAUCUAUAUAGGAGAGCUAUCAAUGUAGGAGACCUAUAGAGUUAUCUAUAUAGGAGAGCUAUCAAUGUAGGAGACCUAUAGAGUUAUCUAUAUAGGAGAGCUAUAUAUGUAGGAGACCUAUAGAGUUAUUUAUAUAGAAGAGCUAUCUAUGUAGGAGACCUAUAGAGCUUGUUAAAAUAGCUACAAAUCAAAUGUAAAUAUAAGUCAUAGAAAUAUGAAAAAAUAUAAUGACAUGCAAAUUUUAAAAAUGUAAUGACAUGAUAAUGUCAAAAUAUCUAAUGACAUAUAAUGUCAAAAUAUCUAAUGACAUUAUAAUGUCAAAAUAUCUAAUGACAUAUAAUGUCAAAAUAUCUAAUAACAUGAUAAUGUCAAAAUAUCUAAUGACAAGAAAUGUCAUUUCCCUCCGAAAGAUUCACGAGGAGUUAGAGGUACUGAUGCCACCGACAAAAGAGAGAGAUGCCGUGACCGCUGCCAGGGAUCUGCUGGAAGAACUUGCUGAAGCUAAUGAGACGGAUGAUGACGCCAUGGACCUUAGAGACAUUCUUAGUAAUCCACAUUUUAGGGUAAGCUCCAUCAACUUUAUUCAGUUUCUUUUACAUGUAUUAUUUUAGUUGUAAAACCAUUAUAUUUAACUGUCUUGUGGUUGACAGCUGCUGCACAACCAAUAUUUUGAAAAUCUUUGACCCUUGACUACUGAAUUUUGUCAACUUUUAAAUAAUCACCACUGUCCAGUCCUGUAAGUUGACCACUCUCAUGUUUUUUCCUGUGGCCAGGCGCUGCUCGUGGCACAUGACGAUAUAACCAACAAAAACUUUGAGGGGGACAUCGACAAAUCCCAGGUGGUUACAAAAGGGCCGCAACUCUUGUCCCCUCUACCUCCAGUAUUUAACAAUAUAAACGAGCAAGUUCGAUUUGUCAACAUCCGCAAGUCACAGACAGAACCGCUGGUGAGUCUUUGAUUGAUGUCUUCUGUACACAUGUGUACAUCUUGUACUUAAUUUAUAAUCAAGACUUUGUGUUAGACUUUACGUCCUAUCAAUUUCCUGAGUUUUCAUUACGUCCAAGAAAGUCUAAAUUCAAGUUGAUGUGAAUUAACUUGGUUUUCAUUCUAGGGUAUUACAGUCAAAUUAGAUGAAAACAAUGAUUUAUUGGUGGCAAGAAUUUUACAAGGCAGCAUUGUGGACAAACAGGGCAAGUCCACUUCUUUAUUCAUGAAUAAGUCUUAUUAUCAAUUAGAUUGUCAUAGGUAUGCAAAUUGCAUUUCAUCUUGUUUUAAUUGUCUCUAUCAUCUUUGUGUUUUAAUGAUUUCAAUCAUCUUUGUGUUUUAAUGAUUUCAACCAUCUUUGUGUUUUAAUGAUUUCAAUCAUCUUUGUGUUUUAAUGAUUUCAAUCAUCUUUGUGUUUUAAUGAUUUCAAUCAUCUUUGUGUUUUAAUGAUUUCAAUCAUCUUUGUGUUUUAAUGAUUUCAAUCAUCUUUGUGUUUUAAUGAUUUCAAUCAUCUUUGUGUUUUAAAGAUUUCAACCAUCUUUGUGUUUUAAUGAUUUCAAUCAUCUUUGUGUUUUAAAGAUUUCAAUCAUCUUUGUGUUUUAAUGAUUUCAAUCAUCUUUGUGUUUUAAUGAUUUCAAUCAUCUUUGUGUUUUAAUGAAAAGUUAGUAGAAACACAAAAUUACUAAAGUUAGUAGAAACACAAAAAAUGAUUUCAAUCAUCUUUGUGUUUUAAUGAUUUCAAUCAUCUUUGUGUUUUAAUGAUUUCAAUCAUCUUUGUGUUUUAAUGAUUUCAUUCAUCUUUGUGUUUUAAUGAUUUCAAUCAUCUUUGAGCUUUAGUGCUAAGAUUCUCAGUUUAGGACAGGAAGAAUAUCUCCCCCUGCAAUGUUUAAAUUUUUCAUUGGUUUAUUUAACACCAGACCAAUCCAACUUAUGAAUUGAAUUUUUUAACGAGAUUUUAAAUAGCAAUGUGUUAUUUUUGCCGCUAGAUUGUUAACAUUUAACAUUGGUUGUUUUAAAAUAUUCUCCGGUGCUUAAAAUAAAUACUUUGUUUUUCCACGUCAGGUAUGCUUCACGUUGGUGACAUCAUUAGAGAGGUCAACGGCGAGCCGGUGGCCACACCUGAGCAGAUGAUGGACGUCAUCAUAGAUUCAGACCCCGACCUCACACUCAAGAUUAUUCCAUCUUUCAUUCACACAAACAAAGCCGAACCUGUGAGUUGACUUGGUAUCUUUAGCCAAACCAAAACACUCUGUGACUUUCUACUCUGUGACUUUCUACGCUGUGACUUUCUACUCUGUCACUUUCUACUCUGUCACUUUCUACUCUGUCACUUUCUACUCUGUCACUUUCUACUCUGUCACUUUCUACUCUGUCACUUUCUACUCUGUCACUUUCUACUCUGUCACUUUCUACUCUGUCACUUUCUACUCUGUCACUUUUUACUCUGUCACUUUCUACUCGGUGACUUUCUACUCUGUCACUUUUUACUCUGUCACUUUCUACUCUGUCACUUUCUACUCUGUCACUUUUUACUCUGUCACUUUCUACUCGGUGACUUUCUACUCUGUCACUUUUUACUCUGUCACUUUCUACUCUGUCACUUUCUACUCUGUCACUUUUUACUCUGUCACUUUCUACUCCGUGACUUUCUAAAUUUGCAUUAUAUUUUGUGUUGCAAGAAUGUAAAAUCUUUGUGUCUAACAUGAGAAAGACAUAUUUAUUAAGACCUGCGGGGGACAUACGACCCACUGAAAUAUUUAUUAAAUGCUAGACCUUCUGAGAAAUGUUCCAAUUUUGAAUAAUAAUCUGUAAAAGUCCUUGUAAGCUAAUAAUCACACGAUAGCAAUAGUUAUCACAGCAUUCUUAAAAUUAUUCCUCUGCAUGUGUUCGAACUUGUUUUCAAUUUAUUGAGUACUCAUAUCUAAACUUUGUACACUAGAUUUCAUCACACUGUAUUCGUCUUAAAUUCAGAUCUUCAUGAAAGCCCAUUUUAGUUGGGACCCAAUGAAGGACAGGCUACUCCCCUGUAAGGAGGCUGGACUGCCGUUUAAUGAUGGUGACAUCUUGGAGAUUGUCAGCACAGACGACACCAAUUGGUGGCAGGUGAGUGCUGACACAGAUAGAGAAAUAGGAAGAAGAGAAAAAUGUGUUUAAAAAAACCAUAAAAAUGCGUGUAUAAAACAUCAGAAUGUGUGUAUAAAACAUCAGAAUGUGUGUAUAAAACAUCAGAAUGUGUGUAUAAAACAUCAGAAUGUGUGUAUAAAACAUCAGAAUGUGUGUAUAAAACAUCAGAAUGUGUGUAUAAAACAUCAGAAUGUGUGUAUAAAACAUCAGAAUGUGUGUAUAAAACAUCAGAAUGUGUGUAUAAAACAUCAGAAUGUGUGUAUAAAACAUCAGAAUGUGUGUAUAAAACAUCAGAAUGUGUGUAUAAAACAUCAGAAUGUGUGUAUAAAACAUCAGAAUGUGUGUAUAAAACAUCAGAAUGUGUGUAUAAAACAUCAGAAUGUGUGUAUAAAACAUCAGAAGAGGUGUAUAAAACAUCAGAAUGUGUGUAUAAAACAUCAGAAGAGGUGUAUAAAACAUCAGAAUGUGUGUAUAAAACAUCAGAAGAGGUGUAUAAAACAUCAGAAUGUGUGUAUAAAACAUCAGAAUGUGUGUAUAAAACAUCAGAAUGUGUGUAUAAAACAAUCAGAAUAAAAGAUCAAUUAUCUGGAUCUCCACUAAAAAUGUGUAUGUGUUUGCUUUUCUGUUCCAGGCUCGUCUUGCAGAAAUAAACGGUCCUGUUGGUUUGAUACCCUCACAAGCUCUUGAAGAGAAACGGAAAUCCUUUGUCAAUCCCGAUCUGGAUUACUCCAAGAGUAGUUUAUGUAAGUCAUGAGUAACUUUAAAAACUUAAGGUAGUGUACGUUUGGUAACGGUUAUCAGGUUGUGUACAUUGUUAAACUGUAAAUGUGUAAAUUUUACUUGUAACUUGUCACCUCCAUUAUCUAGCAAAUAAACUGUCCAUAUUUUAAUCAACAGUUUGUGGACUUACAAAGAAGAAGAAAAAGACAAUCAAAUACAGCUCUAAAGAUAACAAAGGUUGGUUUGUGUUUAACAAAAAUCAUGUUCUUUCAUUUGCCCCUUUGUUUAGGGCAGUGGGUCUCAAAGGCUUGUGUGUGAUGAAUUCAUGUAUUUCAAAAUUUUUUUUUUUAUUGUGUUUCAAUUUUCUUUAAUAUGUAAUAAUUUGCUGCAUUAUAUUUGUUUCAUUUGAUUUAGAUUGAUUAUAAUCUCAACUUUUAAUAUUCCAGAAUAUGACAAGGCUGAUGUCAUGGUCUAUGAAGAGGUCCGUCGCAUGGCUCCAUUUGAGCGGCCAUUUUUAGUCUUAGUGGGUGCCAAAGGCGUUGGACGUAGGUCAUUAAAAGAAAGGCUGAUCAAAGACGACCCAAGAAGAUUUGGAACUCCCAUUGCUCGUAAGAUCAAAGCUCUUUCAAUAUAUAUGAACAUGAAACAUUAUCGGCUAUAAUUUAACAACUUGGCAUUUUGUGUCAUUUGGUUGUCAUCUACUUUCAUUCUUUCUUUAUUUUCUCAAUUUUUAAAAAAUUUUCUCCUUAUCUUGAAAUAGUUUAUCUAACUAUUCUUUAUUAACUUUUUUGUUCUUAAUGAGCAACUUUUCCUGCAUCCUUUAUUAGUAUUUUACAUAUUGUUACAUUUUAGACACAUCAAGAGCCCCCAGAGAGAAAGAAAUCGAUGGUCAGGGGUACUUCUUCACAGACAGAGAAUCCAUGGAGCGUGAUAUCCUUGACAACAAGUACGUUGAGCAUGGAGAGUUCAACUUUAACCUUUACGGCACCAGGAUCGACUCCUGCUGGGAUGUGGUCAAAUCUGGAAAGAUGUGUGUCUUGGACGUCAGCCCCGCUGUAAGUUGAUCAGCUGUCUUCAUAGGUGCUUCAUAUUAGCUUUCUUCAUAUCAGCUGUCUUCAUAGGUGCUUCAUAUGAGGGGUCAUCCAUAAAAGACGUCCACACAAAAGGGGGGAAGGGGGGUUCAGCAAAAAGUGGACUAAAGUGGACAAAGGGGGGGAGGGGGUUUAGGACAAAUUGGAUGUCCACAUUGUAGUGUUUUUUGAGUGCAGCAAUUUUGCAUAAAUUUACUGAAAAUUUACUGCCCGAUCACAGUUACAGUAGCAUGCCUUUUUAUCUCUAUUGUCCAUCGGUGGCUGGGAGAAUUUCCAAGAGAAUAUGUUUCUGCGGUAAAUAUUUCCCAUCACAGGCGGCAAUGAAAAAACAUAAGGUCGUCCAUUGCAAUAUUCCUGCUAGUGAACAUAAUAUGGCAGACGAAUCAGACGAAGAGACUGCCACUCAAAUUGAAUUAGCAAUUGAAGACUCAAGAACAGAUGUUGUCAUUAUACGAAACAUGUUUGAAUGGCUGCAGUCCGAAUUUUCCGUUGAUUGAAGAAUGGUGGAUUAUUUGUUUAUUACAUUUUUUAAUACAGUGAUUCAAUAAAAUGUUUUUGAACAGUUAUUAUUUCAUUUAGAAUUUUGCCUGCAAAUAAUUGGAAUUUCUAAAAAAAAUCUUUGUAAAUACAUACUCUUUAUAUUGUUGUACAUUUUCCCAAAAUAUUCAUUAAUUUAAGUUCGGUUGGGGGGGGGGGGGGGGGUGAAGGGUGAAGGGGGGGGGGGGGGGGGGGGGGGGUAAAAAAUAGCAAAAAAUUGGUGGACGUCUUUUAUGGAUGGCCCCUUAGCUGUCUUCACGUCUGUUUUUAUUGUUGUUUGUUCGCUGAUGAAGGCUUCUAGCCUACUCAAUAGUUGUUUUGUUGUGUUCGUUUCCUUCAUAGGUGCUUCAUAUUAGCUGCCUUCAUAACAGCUCAGCAGGGACCAGAGACUUUGUACCACACAUGGCAUCUGUGUUUUCAAUAUUGACUGGCAACUUUCAUUAGUUUAAUAUCAACUGGCAACUUUUAUUAUUUUAAUUGUUCAAUUUCAAUUGUUUUUGUGUUUUGAAUAGUUGAGAUCCAUUAAAUUUAUUAUGCUUUUGGUUGGAACCAGUGACCUGUGUUACCACUAAAUUAUCUGCUAUUGUGCUUAUAUAAAGAUAGAUUUAUACAAGUCCAUAUAUCUCAAUGGAAAAUGUUAUUGUUUGAUGUUUGUCUUCCUCAGGCUUUGAAAUUGUUAAAAAAUCAGGAGUUCAUGCCGUACAUUGUGUUCAUAGCUUCCCCUAGCGUGGCUGCUCUCAAGGUCAUGUAUGAGGAGGGGCGGCACAUGGCCAGGGGUGGGAAGGUGAGUGGACUUUUUUUACGCUUGGAUUUUGUCAGACAUCUUAAGUGGUGACUCACGGGAAGGUUCAUGUGGUGGGAGUCUGCAAAAGUUAAGUGUCAGAAUACAGUAAUGGUUUAAAUCUGACGUUUUACUUUUCUUACCCUGAUUGAAAUAUUUAAACACAUUUGAAGGAAAAAAAAUGGGGGGGUGGGGGGGGUGUGUGGUGCUGAAAAAAGGAUAUAUUAGUUGAAGUUCCAUAAAUUGUUCCACCUGUAAAUUUUGUAGCACUUAAAGACUCCAGCACCAAAUACUUUGAAUAAUAACUUUGUAACAACUGUCUGAUUGAUUUAACUGAACUAGUUUGAAUCCAGUAACAGGAUCAUCACCUACCUUGGUUCAUUCAGCUGCAUAAGACUAGUGGGUAAAUAAGGAAAUGAAAACGCACUGAGGCUUACUGGGGACUGUUCAUUGUGGAGACUUUCAAGCUGACUGGUGACUGUUCAUUGUGUAGACUUUUGUGAGAGUUUUAAUGUAAUUGUGAAGCACAGAAAAACAGAAUGCCCUACUGGGAAAAGUAACACUUCUUAUAAAAUGAGUAAAAACGAGCAAUAUCUUUUUUUACUUCCCUCAUCAACAUUUUCAUGCGUUCUUGAACGCAAUGAAAUAAAUUUAAGUCAUAAAUAGAGAUACCAGGUAUCUCAACUUGACACACAAAGGUUUGAACUAAUCUUCCCUGAAGAUGUCAGAAUGGACUUAAGUAAUGUUCCAACUGGGGCCUUGCAGUUAGCUUUAUUUAUCUCAGACAUUGGAUAGUAGAAAUGGCUUAAAUUCGAUACAUUUGCCUUUAUAGCUGUUAGGUUUUUGGAUUGUAGACUUUGGCCAAUAGAAUUAUUAUAAAAAAUAAGAGUUGCGGAUUUUGCUACUAAUCAUUGACAUUCUUGCAGAUUCAUUUCUAUAGUAAUGCAAUAGAAAAUUGAAACCAAUAGUCUCCCCUUGAUUUUAUGCAUAAAUUAGAAAAGUGCUGCAUCAAGAUGUCGAUGUCUGAUUAAUUAAAUUAUGAAUGACAUACAAAUAUUUUUUCUUAAUAACAUAUGUCAGCUAAAAAUUAUUGUAUGCCCUCAUUUGCCAAGAUGCUCUUCUUGGCGGAGCAAAUGUCUUCUCAAUGGGAAUGGUCAAGGUCAUUUUCAGUGGAGCCAGACUGAAAACUAGUAAAGGAGUUUUGGUGGCCCUCUCAUAACACACUGUUUUUUUUAUGGAUAUAUAUGUUUUGUGGAUAUAUUUGUUUUAUGGUUAUAUUUUUGUGUGGAUAUAUUUGUUUGUUUUAUGGAUAUAUUUUCUUGUUUAAAAAAUAAAAUAUAAUUUAUUCUCUUGUUUUCUAGGGCGGUGUAUCUGUGGUGGAAAUAAAAAGUGUAAGUACAAAUCAUUUAAGAUCUUUGUCACUUGUGAAUGUAAUAGAAUUAUUCUGCACAUCUAAAGCUCUCAGAUGAACUCCAAUAUUUAUCUUAACAUAGAAAAUAAAUUUUUCUUUCCAAAUUAUAAAGGCUACAAAGUAGAAUUAAUUUCUCUCAAUACAUUGUUUACUUCUAUUGUGUUUGGGAUCUCCCUUCUGACCUUAAUUACUGUGCGUCCCACCAGGAGGAAAACUUUAUCACCACCAUGAAGGAGAGUGCUGAAAUAGAAAAGAAAUUCAACGGCUACUUUGAUGAGAUCAUCGUCAAUGACAACUUUGAAGAAACGUACCGUCUGCUCAGGAAAUCCCUCAACGAGAUGACCACCAAGCAGCAGUGGGUCCCCGUCAAUUGGGUUCACUAAAUAAUUGUUCACCAUCAAUUUUAAAUCUGAUAGUACACAAAAACUAUUCUCUAGAAGGUUUUUUUUUUUUGAAUAGCUAUCGAAAGUAAGAACAAAAAAAUAUCCUAAUAUGCAAUGACCAUUUCAUCAAGAAAACAAUUGUAUGCUUCUUUGUCAGAUUACUGAAAAAAGAAAGGACUUACAUAGAUAAGCACAUAUAAUUUACAUUUGAUUUCAAUGUGGAUAUGAGUACAUUUUUCAAAGUAUCAAUUGACAAAAAGUUUUGAGAAAUUUUGUUGUUGUUGAGUUAGCUAAAAAUAAGUUCUAUGAUGCAACAAUGUCAGAGUGAUGUGUUUACAUGACGGUAUGACAUGUUAACAUGACAGUGUGAUGUGUUUACGUGACGGUAUGACAUGUUAACAUGACAGUGUGAUGUGUUUAAAUGACAGAAUGACAGAAUAUUUACAGAAUAAUUGUCAAAUGAUGAUAAAUUAGGAUGUGAUUAUCAUCAUACACUGAUGAUCCAAAGCAGGGGUUAUCAACGUGUGGUUCUCCACUCGUGCGUGGUAAAGCACGUAAGACACAAGAAACACCGCUACUCGUCUACUACAUCCUGGUCUUUUUCCAGUCGUCUUGACCAAGUCUUGCCAUUGGAUCAAAAAGAAAAGGACGAGAGAGUGAGGCUGACGUAUUGAGCACCUCUACCUCACUUUAAACAUAAUACAGCUCAAGUCAAGGCUACUACUCAAGUCGAAAAUUGCUUUGGUCAUCUUUGCGUGCGAAAGACGAACUAUAAAGCUAUUGAUAGUCCACCUGUGAAUGUAAAUGUGUACGAUGAUAAUGCUGUUUAUUUUUACCAAUAACCUCCAGCACUGAGUUUGUUGUGCAAACACUUACCAUUAUAAAACAGUGCAUUUACCAUUAUCCUAGAUCUAGAAUAUUCCAAUGUUGUUACGGUGUUGAACUAUGUUGUUCUAUCCCUGACUAAAGUCUGGGGCUGGAUAGUUCUUUGACAGUUAUUUUUAAUUAGAAACAAUCUUUUAAAACAAAUAUUUCCCCCCAGAAUUGUAUGUUGAAAAGUGAUCUUUUUUGUUUGAAAGCAAUAUUUCUAUGCAUGAAUAUUAUAAAAAUGUUUUUUUUAAAAAAAAUAUACAAAACAUCACAGUUGUCGAAAACAUUCCAAUCUACCGCUUGCCUUUUUUGACAUUUAGUUCAUUUGAACUUUUUAAUCGGUUGCCUUUUUGGUUUUUGUCUUUUGGAUGUUUUUUGGUUUGUUUUGUUGUUUUUUGUGUCGGUUUCAUCCACACAAAUAUUUCACUGACAGUUUUGACAGACUUGAACAAAAUGCUUGGUAAAUUUUAGGGUUAAUUAUUAAGCCAUAAAAACAAUCAGAGCUAAUGUUCAUGUCAUCAAAUGUUAGUGUUUUCAUUCGAGAUGAACAUGUGAAAAAAAGUUACUUAACAUUUCAUUUAAUGAAAUUUCUCAUGUUGGUGUUUGUAAACAAAAUUUAAAUGUAUCAAGUCUUUUAAUUACUAAAAUUUGAAAUUAUUUUCUAAUUUGAAAUCGGGGAAAAAAAUGGAAACUUGCUCAAACUUGAAAUGUGCACCUAAAUAACAUUUUUAAAUUGCAUUUGGUUUAAGAUAAAUCGUACUCAGGUGUUGAGUAAAUAUUUGUGUAACUUAAGACACCCACGUCGUCGGCGGCCUUAUAGUUAUGGAAUUUUAUUUUAUUUUGUUUUUAUAACGAAUCGUCACUUGUAACUUGUAAAUAACAUAAAAAUUGUAUUUUGCCCUUAUUUAGUUUCCAAAUAAACUAUUUAUAAAGUCUUACAACAAAUUCUUGCCACAUAUUCUUGAUAUGAAAGUAUUGUUUUGA